UCUCCAUAGCCGUUGAACUUUACCCCUAUAUCUAUCUAUAUAUAUGUAUAAUUUCAAAUUACUGAGCCAAGUUCCCCAUUCUUACACUCAAUACUCCAUUUUUAAGCUAGGUUAAGCUCCGAUGGCUUACUUCAAACCAUUUCUUAUUUUCCUCUGCUCUUACAGGAUCCAAAGAGCUCGAAUUCCAUGGCUGUUAGUUUUUGAAUUUCUAUUUUGAAUUUAUUUAGGGUGUUAAAGUGAUUAGACGGAAUGGGGAGUAGAGUCCCGGUUCAGCAUUUCGGUAUGAGAUCGGCGAAUUCGUAUAUAUCAAGUCCUCUGCACGAUCUUAACACCGUUGAUACGCGUCCUGCUGCUGAUAUGGAAAUGGAAUCCAUCAGCGAUGUUGAUCGCGAUGCCGUCACCGAAGAUAGCCUCGAAAACGACGAUGAAUCCAAUGCUGUUGAAUGCAUGCAUGAAUCGUACAGGAACCCUUUGCAACUUCACAGCGUCGGAGUUGAUGAAAAGCGUUCUAGUCUUGAGAAUAAUGGGCCUUCACGGGCUCCCUACGGUAUACUGACCAUUGAAGAUGUUUCACCUAUUGAAUCUGCAAGAGCAAGAUUUUUACAAAUUAUUGUCGAUCAUUUUAUCCUCGAUCAUGUAAUUGAAGUUGCUGAUUCGGAGGGUGAUUAUACUGGUCAAUCUAAUCAAGAAAAACUCAAUAAGAGGAAAGGGAGGGAGAUUCAGUAUGAAGGUGAUCCAAGGUUUGCUUUGCCCUUGAUGUAUGUGGCAAACGUAUACGAAACUUUAGUCAAUGAUGUAAAUGUUAGACUAGCUUCCAUAAAUGGUAUUCGUGACAAAACUAUUGGGGUAGCGCUUGAAGCAGCUGGUGGUUUGUAUAGAAGGCUAGCUAAGAAAUAUCCCAAAAAAGGAUCAUGCACGUUUAAAAGAAGAGAACUGGCAACUUCCCUAGAGACUAGGACAAGGUUUCCAGAAUUAGUGAUACAAGAAGAGAAGCGUGUUCGAUUUGUAGUAGUCAAUGGUUUGGAUAUUAUUGAAAAACCAAAUAGCAUUUCUGUGGAUGAUGCUGAGUGGUUUAAACGAUUGACGGGUCGAAAUGAAGUAGCUGUGUCUGCUCAAGACUACAAGUUUUAUUCUCCGAGACAUAAAUUUAGGCGUGUUUCUUCAAGUUCAGUGCCAAACAUUCCUGGUUUACCUAGUUUUCCUGGUAGUGAUAAUUCUUCUGUGUUGACUACUGCUCAAGGAUUCCGUACAGUAAGUGAACCACAAACACAGCAGCAGACUCCCUGCAAGCAUCAUUUACAACCAUUGUUGCAGCAACCUCAAUUUCACCCUGUUCACCAUCACAAUCAACCAAUGCACCAAAGUCAACAUACUCCCCAAUAUUCUCAAAACCAUCAGUGUGGUCCAACCCCACACCUGCCUGAAAUCGGUGCUCACCAUUCGCCAACCUUGUCACAACACAUUGCGUGUUUACAACCUCUCACAGGCCAUGUUGGAGGGCGUUUGCAUGUAUUGGCAUCCAGCCCAGCAAAAUUUUGUGAUGAAUGUGGUGCUCCAUACUUGAGAGAAACCUCUAAGUUCUGCUCAGAAUGUGGUGCUAAGAGAUUGGGAAUAUGAUAUUUGUUUAUUUAGUCUUUGUUUUCAUAAUGCAUGUUUCCUUUUUAAGUUCUAUGUUUGUUUUAUGUAUAUCUUCACUUUGAGUUAGAAAAUGUAAAUAAUCAUUGUUGAUUGUUGUAAAAGUAAACUCUAUAACGUUGUUCCAUAAAAAGAAAAAUAAAAAAACUCUAUAGCAUUAGGACUAUUUUUGUUUUAUAUAAUUAUUAGUUAGUUGUGGAUAAAUGAAUAUCUUAUUAUUAAAUUAAAAAUAAUGGAUAUAGUUGAUGCAUUCAUGAAAUCUCCAUAGUUAAUGCCUAGUUUUUUAUGGGAAGUUUUCAUAGAUAUGGAGUAAUUAUUUUUGAAAAUAUAGAUAUGGUGUAUAAUCUUUGAUAUAUAUAAAUUAUAAUGUGGCAUUACCAUAGAGGAACUUUUAGAAACUAGACUUUUUUAAAUCUAAUACAAUAAUACUAGGGAAUUUUACAAAAAUACUGCUUUUUGACCAAAACUUUACAUUUUUACUGGGACACGGCAAAAACAACUUUUGUACUGCCGAAGCCCAAUUUCAUUACUUUUGUACUGCCCAAGCCCAACAUCAUUACUUUUGUACUGCCCAAGCCCAACAUCAUUUCAUUUCAUUUAUACUGAUAUAUUAUAUAUAGUUUUAUUUUAUUUUUGUGGUCUAACUUCUUAUUAAAAGAUAGGAACACAUCACUGAAAGCAACAACAUGCACUUCAUUAUAUAUAUACACUAACAUAUAUAUUACUUGAAUUUUUACAAAAUAAUGAUUUAUUAAUUUCCCAGAUUUUUUUUUUCAUUGCAUAUUACAUAUUUAUAGUGUCCUCCCCCUUUUUUUUUUUCUUUUAUACUGUCAACAACAAAACAAAAGUAUGAGGCCUCCAUCUUUGACAAUCACAGACAUAACCACCACAACAACACCAGGACACCGGAAAAUAACCAUUAAUUCCGACAAGAAUAAACAAAAGCAGUAAAAUCGACGUCAAUAAAUAAUCAUGGCAAAACAACAGUAAAACAACACUAAAACAAUCAAACAAAACAAAAGAAAAAAAUGAUUAAAAAAAAACAAACAAUCUGCUGCACAACCUCCACACCAGAUGCAAAAUCAACUAUAUUUGCAAGUCUAUACCUAGAAAAUUAUAAAAAAAAAACUACUAAAACAACACUGAAACAACACAAAAACAAAUGAAGCAAAAUAUAACUACUUAGAAAAAGAUAAAAGAAACACACACCUCAAAACUCUCUUGUGAGUGAGCUCGUCAAAUAAAUUGAUCAUGAAAAACAACAGUAAAACAAUACUAAAACAAUACUAAAACAACACAAAAACAAAUGAAGCAAAAAUAACUACUUAGAAAAAUAUAAAAGAAACACACACCUCCAUCUUCCACACUCACAGACAUAACCAUCACAACAACACGAGAACACCCAGAAAAUACCUAUUAAUUCAAAUAAAUAAAUCAUGAAAAACAACAGUAAAACAAUACUAAAACAAUACUAAAACAAAAAAAACAAUAAAAAAAAAUGAUCAAAAAUUAACUAUGUUGUGCACAUCCUCAAUACUAAAUGCACUAUAUUUGCAAGAAAAGUUCUAGAAAAUUAGAACAAAAAAAAACCACACUAAAUCUUAUAUUUUAAAAAAAAACAUAACUAAGAACUUCAAAAAAUUAAAAAAAAGAAGAAGAAAAGAAAAGAAGAUGAAGAAGAAGAACUAAGAACUAUCACCUUCAUGGUCUUCCUUCCCCUCAUCAUCUCAGCCAUAAAAACAUAGCUUUUAUUUGGGUAAUAUUAUAGAUUUGGGAAAAAAAAAAGAAAAAAAAGAAGAAGAAGAAGGUGAAUAGUAGAUAGAUUAGUAAACACAUAAGAAGAGAGAAUAACCACAAAAAAUUUGACCCAAAGACAAUAACUGGAUGUGUUUUUUUUUUAAAAAAAAAAGAAGAAGAAGAAGAAGAAGAACAUAAGAAGAAGAAGAUGAAUAAUUAAAUGGGAUAGUAGGUAUAAAAACGUGGUGUGAAAGAGAGUAAUUGUAUUGAUAUAAUGAUUAAAUUGAAUUAAAAGAAAAGAAAAAAAAAAAAAAAAGCUGCCACAAAUGUGACAAUUCCCAUCACA